UAGCGUUUUCACAUAUUCAUAAAAACCAACAUCGAUCUAGGUACGUGUAAAGUUUUAUACUACAAAAAUAAAAAAUUUUUAAAUUCGUUUCACUUUGUAUUAUUCGAUAAAACAAUGCGAGUCGCUAGUUUCCUCGUUAGUUUAUUUAUUAUUUCCACGGAAAUGUUCGCGGUGAAUGCCCAAACCGAUUAUCGCGUUGAUUUGAUGAACCACAUGUUUACUCAGCCCGGAUGGCUUGGCUGGUACGAAACAAGAUUGACGCGAUACUAUGUGGAGAUAAUCGACUACAAGACGAACGAAAGACAAUUCAAUAUAAAUGAUUUCCUCGCACCUAUUCAUAACGGACGGAUAGUCACCAAGGAUAAUGUCGUAGAUAAAAUUCGACAAGCGCACCAAUUUUUGAGCUGCAGGUAUGUCAGAGUGUUGAAAGAAAUCUGCGAUAACCAGAGGGGUAUAGGCCUUGCGUGCAUGAGAAUGAGCAAGCCGAAUCAAUCGUUGAAAUGUUUAGGGAAUGCGCUGGAAAUGCUCGAAAAAGCGGAUCCAUUAGUUAGGCGUAUGCAAGGAUCGCUUUGGUGUUUACACCGGUUAUGCGUUACCCCGGAAGACCUCUUCGAGAAGGAAGUAUUCGAUGUCCUAGAUGAUUUAAAACAUUAUCACACAAGCAUACAUUUUUACAAAGAGUCAAUCGCUAACGGAGAUGUUAUGUCCAUCGUAGCUGCGCACAUUGACUCUAUCGAAAACCAAAUGUUGCUAACCUUAAACCGAUUGACAGUUUUCUACAAAAAAUUCUGUAGGCCGAUUCCUCCUGAAGAAGAAGAAGAUGCUGGGAUUUCCGCAGAUGCAAAAAAUGUUCAAACCAAGCUCGAAGUCUUGCCUCCUAUAUACGUGGUGUAUGAACUAAAAAUACUUAUAAAUGACGCAAUCGAACCGUUUAUAAAAACUUUUGACGAGGGUUUCGGUUUUAAAUAUAAUCUGGAGUCGAACACGAAUCAAAACGGAGGCAAAACCGGAUGUAAGCGAUAAAUUAAAAAUAUUGAAAUGUUCUACCUACGAUAUUUUUUUUUGUUUCCAAUAAUUUUUUUUUAAGCUGGAG